AACUUCAAGGGGCUCGGGCUCGAUGUCGCCGCAACACCCGCGCCGCCGCCCCCUGCGCCUGAACCCCAACCAACGCGUCUUGCGCCUGUAGCGGGCGGACCAGGCGGCAAGAAACGUCCCCCUCCUAUGACUCUUGCUGCGCCCAAGAUACCAGCAGCCACCAACAAUAACAAUGAAAGCGACGGUGUGUUGUUGACGGUGUCCAAUGGUCCCAGUUCCGCACCAGCUACGGCUAUCUCACCAUCCGCGAAACGCAUGACGUACCAUACUGCGCUGUCCAACACGCUCGCGAACCUCGAUCUAAGUGCAGAAACAAAGAUCGAGCUCAAGGGUAAUGAAGAUCUAGAGGAGUUGCACGAGUUGGGCCAAGGCAAUGGAGGGAGCGUCAAACUGGUCAAGCACAUCCCGACGGGCACGAUCAUGGCCAAGAAAAUCGUCCUCAUUGACGCGAAACCUGCUGUGAGGAAGCAGAUCCUUCGGGAACUGCAGAUCAUGCAUGACUGCCACUCGCCGUACAUCAUCUCCUUCUACGGAGCUUACCUCGCGGACCCAAAUAUAUGCAUCUGCAUGGAGGCCAUGGACAAGGGUUCAUUGGAUGGCAUUUACAAGAAGAUCGGUGCCAUUGACAUCGAGGUUGUGGCAAAAGUGGCUUUGGCCGUUCUCGAAGGCUUGACCUACCUGUACGACGUGCAUCGCAUCAUUCAUCGUGACAUCAAGCCUUCCAACAUUCUCUUCAACUCGCAGGGGCAAGUCAAGAUAUGUGACUUUGGCGUGUCCGGAGAGCUCAUCAACUCCAUUGCGGAUACAUUCGUGGGCACUUCGACAUACAUGAGUCCCGAACGUAUACAAGGGGCGCAAUAUACGGUCAAAUCCGACGUAUGGUCAUUGGGCAUUUCCCUAAUAGAGCUCGCCCUCGGCAGAUUCCCGUUCGCAGAGUCGAUGUCGGACGAUUCGGAUCUUUCUGAUCUUGAGGGCACCCUGUCGCCUGGCCGACCGGUGUCCAUUAGUACCCGACCCAGCAAGGAAGAGAAGCGGAAGCGGGACAGGCGUAAGAGCAAGGGCGUCAGUCUACAGGGUGGUGGGAUGACGAUGAGCAUCCUUGAGUUGCUCCAGCAUAUCGUCAACGAGCCUGCUCCGAGGCUCACCCCAGAAGGUCGCUUCCCCAAGGAGGCCGAAGAUUUUGUCGAUAGCUGUUUAUUGAAAGAUCCGGACGAAAGGCCCACUCCUAAACAGCUACUGCAACACCCAUGGAUUGAGAACGCUCGGGCAUCGGAGUUCGAUCUUGAAGCAUGGGCUAGCACUUUCUGAUCUUCAUCUCCGUCGCGUCUCCACAGCCCGUGGCCACCACCGCUGGCGCCUAUAGCCCCGGCAUCCCCCUCUCUAUCGUUCAGUUUUGUGUUAUCAGCGCAAUGUCCUCUGGCUAUAUCCUGUUGCAAUGUAUUUAUACGUGGAAACUGUAGCGAUCCCGGCGUAUGGAGUUAUGCCCGUUACAGC